GGCGCCGAGGAGCGACAGCGUGUGCGACUAUGGCGCUGUUCCAUGUUGCGCGCUACGCGGGCCCGGAGGCUUCCGAGCUGGGGGAUGCAGAGGCAGAGGCGGGCAGCCGGGCGCGAGUGCUGCUCGAGCGACUGAAGAACCGAGCCCGUGAGCGGCAGCAGCGGGAGCCGAAGCCUGAGUCCGCCGAGGUGGCCGCGGAAGCGGCAGGCAAGCGGCGUCGACGGCCCCGGCGGCGGCGUGGGGUAAGCGGCUCGGUGGUUCAGAGCCCGGAGGCUCCUAGAGCGAAGCGGCAGAAAACGGACAACAGCGCGGUUGCAGGGAGAGGCGAGGAGGCGCCUGGGGAGCUCAAUGCCGGCGCAGAGGACUCAGAUGAGAGGCCCCCAGAGCAGGCCCCAAGAUCCCGGGCUCCAGGCCCGGUGCUGGGGGACUUUGCAAGGAGGAAGACACCGAAGGUGCAGCCUUUCCUGCCGGCAUGGCUGGCAGAGCCAAGCUGUGUCAAGAAGAGUGUCACUGAGGAUCUUACUCCUAUCGAGGACAUCCCUGAGGUUCACCCUGACUUGCAGAAACAGCUGAGGGCUAAUGGCAUCUCUUCCUACUUUCCAGUCCAGGCAGCUGUGAUUCCUGCCCUCCUGGAGAGUGCAGACAGUGGGUUUCUGGUAGGCAGAGGUGGCUACCAACCUAGCGACCUCUGUGUUUCUGCCCCAACGGGCAGCGGGAAAACACUAGCCUUUGUCAUCCCUGUGGUACAAGCCCUGUUGCAUCGAGUGGUCUGCCACAUCCGUGCAUUGGUUGUGCUUCCCACUAAGGAGCUGGCCCAACAGGUGAGCAAAGUAUUCAACAUCUACACGGACACCACACCUCUGCGGGUUGCUUUGGUGACGGGACAGAAGUCACUGGCCAAGGAGCAGGAGAGCCUUGUCCAGAAGACAGUAGAUGGUUACCGUUGCCUGGCUGACAUUGUGGUGGCCACACCUGGCCGCCUGGUGGACCACAUUGACCAGACCCCAGGAUUCAGCCUCCAGCAGCUCCGAUUCCUGAUCAUCGAUGAGGCUGACCGGAUGAUAGACAGCAUGCACCAGUCCUGGCUGCCCCGAGUGGUGGCAGCAGCCUUCUACAGUGAAGGCCCCUCAGGCUCCUGUGCCCUGCUCCAGAGGACACAGCCCCAGGCUGUGACUGCUGCCAGCACUUGCUCUCCCCAGAUGCCUCUCCAGAAGCUGCUCUUCUCAGCCACACUGACCCAGAACCCUGAGAAGCUGCAGCGGCUUGGCCUCUACCAGCCAAGGCUUUUCUCCACAAGGCUGGGACACAUUGGCCCUAAAGACACAGUUGAGGUGGAUGGAAACUUGGAGGGGAAGUACGCCUUCCCCGUGGGGCUCACGCACCACUAUGUGCCCUGUCGACUCAGCUUGAAGCCACUCCUUGUCUUACACCUUGUCCUUGGGAUGAACUUCUCAAGGGCCCUUUGCUUCACUAACUCCCGAGAGAAUUCCCACAGGCUCUUCCUGUUAGCACAAGCUUUUGGGGGUGUGAGCGUGGCUGAAUUCUCCUCCCGCUAUGGGCCUGGCCAAAGGAAGAAAAUCUUGAAGCAGUUUGAACAGGGAAAGAUCCAGCUCCUUAUCAGCACAGAUGCUACUGCUCGAGGCAUUGACGUGCAGGGUGUGGAGCUGGUAAUCAACUACGAUGCCCCCCAGUACCUGAGGACCUAUGUGCAUAGGGUUGGCAGAACAGCCCGAGCUGGAAAAACAGGACAGGCCUUCACACUUCUCUUGAAAGUGCAGGAAAGGAAGUUCCUCCAGAUGGUGUCAGAAGCUGGGGUGCCUGAGCUGGCACGUCAUGAGAUCCCCAGGGAGCUCCUGCAGCCACUAGUUGCUCGUUACGAGACAGCCUUGUCUCAGCUGGAGAAGACUGUCAAGAAGUCAAGAGAAUGACACAGACCACGUGGAAAGAGGGCAGUGACACUAGAGGACAAUCGAGAAUCACGAGGCCAGCCCAGACUUGUGCUUGUCACUGACAGACACAGUCAGUGUCUGUGAACACUGGACAGACUGUACAAGACUUCUGGACUCGUCUGCCCUGCUGCCAUGUUCUGAUGUUCAUAAGAUUCCAAGCACUCCUCUCUGUUCCUUGUUCUGUGCCACUUACUUUCCAUCCUCUGGCUUCCACCACCCUCCCCUCCCAGAGCACUGCCAUGACCACCCAUCUGAAAACACACCCGAGGCUACCUGAUCCUACAGUUUUCCCACACUGCUACCAAGCAUUUUUCUCCCUAGAUUACAUUUUACAAAAGGCAAAUGGAAAUGAGUCAACUUUUGUAUGUAUAAGAUUAUCCAAACACACACAUAAACAAAAAGAAACCUAAGAAAGGAAAAGCUAUUCACAGCCCUAAAGUGCCCACAGACAGGGGACUGAAACUGACAUUCAGCCUGCGAGGCAUCUUUUCCAUCUGUGCAAAAACACAGCAGUAGAACGAGCACCUCUUCCCUUUACAUAGUCAGUUUCAGAGUUGCGUGAUGAAAGGUUAACCUUCACUGUCAAUCUGACUGGCUUUAGAACUGCCCAGGAGACAACCCUCUGGGAAAGUCUGUAAGGAGGUUGCAGAGCAGAGGGGAGGACCCACCCUGAAUGUGGACUGGGAGCCCAGACUCAACAACAGGUAAACGGAGCAGUGAAGCCUGGAGAGCACCACCAUCUGUCUCCCUGCUUCCUGAGUGCAGAGGCAAUGCCACCUGUCUCCUUUUCCACACUGCCACAACUUCCCCGCCAUGAUAAACAAAAGUAAUCCAGCUGCUAACCCACCCUUCAGGUCCAUUUAGUGAACAUUUAGUCAUUUGAUCUCCUCAUUAUCACUGACAAAAGCUUUGUAACUGCCCCACUAUUUCUAUAGGAGACAAGAGCACUAUUAUAAUAACUAGCAUGUAAGGUUUGUGGCCUAAAUACUAAAAUCUACUCUGCAACUGUUCAUUAAGCUCCUCCUACGACUACCUGUUACCACUCUCCUGACUCAGUUUUGUAAACACAGGCACAACAGGCUUGUUUUUUAAAUAAGUCCUCCUCAGGGUCCCUCUAUGGUAGAGGGGGCCUCUCACGAAGACCUACACACAGAGCAGAGCCCAAAUACCUGGGACUCCAGUCCUAGGUCAAGCUAUAGUUGCCAAGUAAAGGAUCUAAUUAGCCCUUGUGCCACAGUUCCUUCACUUGUUAAAGGUAGCUCAUAAUACAAAACACCAGGAGACUGGUACAGAGCUCCUAGGGCAGCACUGGUUGGGCAAGCCCUCCAAGGGUCACCCAUCACUGGAUGCUGUGACACAGAAGAUCCACAGCACAUUGACCACAGUGUGUACAUCUCCUCAGACACACUAUCUUGCUGUUCCUUCCUUCAAAUCCUCAACGGUUCUCCCUGCUGCCAAGUGGUCACUAGUGGGCUGGUCAUGGAACCUGGGGUGCCUGCAACAUACUGCACUGUGUUCUGUGCUCUAGCCAUACUGGCACUGCCCCUACCCUUCCACUGCAAAGAACAGGACAGCCAGUGUGCUGUGCCUACCCCUCACUACUCACCUUCUGCUAUCCCCAACAAUUUUGUCCCUAAUAGGCCUAGUGACACUUCCAUGGUUCUGAGUAGUGUUAGCACAACUUGCCACAAGUCUAAUAUUUCACCCUCUGUAAGGAUCAAAUCUUCUGCUUCACAUCUAAGUCUGCCACAAGACCUAACGGCUCCUGAGCAAGCAACAGAAGCCUGACUGAAAUGCAGUGAUGGUGUCUGUUGAGACGGCUCAGCAACCUGAGUUUACCCUCUGUGACCCAUGUAAAGAUGGAAGAAGAAAACCAACUCUACAAAGUUGCAACCCACCCCGGGCUUUUAAAAACAAAAACAAAAACACUCUGGGUAAAUGCAAAGAUGGUACUCUUGGACAAUAAGUAAAUGAAC